AAACCGCCGUCCUCUCCAUCUGCUCCAGCACAACAAGCCCAACCCUACUGGUCACCACAAUGCCAACCACACAUCCCCGUCUCGGCGCACUUCAAACACGAACAAGGAAACUGGGGCUGGGGCAACAACGAAUCCCAAAACUACGUCGACGACACUGCAAACUCGUUUCACACAAACGAUGGCGCAUUGGUGGUGCAUGCACUAAUCAACCACUCCCAUCCUCAACAAGACAGAAAGUUUACUUCUGCGAGACUGUCUUCGCAUCAAACGCUUGCUAGAUGCAGAGGUAGUGUGUCUGCUCGCAUCACAGCGCCAGUGGCUCCAGGCAUCUGGCCUGCGUUUUGGUUGUUGCCUCAAGAUCCAUUUACCUGGCCUUACGACGGCGAAGUGGAUAUUUUCGAAGCUUGGAAUGGCGAUGCUACAAACCAUACUUGUUUACACUGGGGCCAUUUCAACGGCGAAGACCACGACAAGCACCGUGUAGUGGAAACUCCUAUCCCUGCCAUUUCCUCACCCCACGGCAUGAGAUUUGAUUUCGCGUGGGACGAAGACGAAAACACAAGACAAGGUAGAUUGGUAUGGUAUAUCGAUGGCAGACCUGUCAUGAAGGCAAGCAAACCCGCGGGAACGAGACCGAUGAGAGAUUACAGGAUUUUGAUCAAUGUGGCUGUGGGUGGGAAUGUGUGUCAGGGUGUCAUGCCUAAAGAUGGCACGUAUGAGUUUGUGAUCAGAGAUCUUGCCAUGUGGGAUGCUCCGCCUGGUGGUUGGGAUAGAUUUGGCAGGGAUUGGAAUAGUACGAGGGAGGGUCAUGGUAUGUAG